ACAGCUUCGUCAGCUUCCCACGUCACCGAGUUGAUAGAAACAUGACAGCGCACACAGCUCAGCACGUUUCCAGCCACAGUAGCUGACUUUAGCAGCUCUUACACGGUGUACGGGGACACAGCGACCAAUAUAUGAGUGGAUACAUUACGACAAAUGCAGUGUGUGUUGUUUUCAUAGCUGGAGAGGCCGGCUUAUAAGGCGGGUUGCAUCAUCUGUCCUUCCGGGAUAACGCUCCGCUGUGUCACUCAUAACUGACCGCAGAUGGGACUCCAAGUUCUGCUGUACUGGCCGAAUAUUACCGGAUACAUUCGGAUUGGCCUUGUGUUUGCAGCAUGGGCUGCCUAUGAGACACCAGACGUCUUUGUCUCUCUUUACUCCAUCUCCAUAGCACUUGAUGGAGUGGACGGCUGGCUGGCGAGGAGGCUGGGCCAGAGCUCCAGGUUCGGGGCCUGGCUGGACGUCGUGGUGGACAACCUGGGCAGAGGCAUGCUGUGGAGCCUGCUGUAUGAGUGGGGUUGGCUAGUGUCUGCAGUGGAGUGGUGUGUGUUUGUGUGUAACCACAACCCCAGAGGUGAACAGUGGAAGAACAGCUUCGCCACCAGCCCUCGAUUUAUACGGGCCAUCAUGGCAAACGGGUUUCGGACGCCUCUCGGCACGUGGGUGGUGAGUGGGCUGCACUGCCUCCCGCUGUGGCUGUAUGGGUGUCAGUGGGGUUUGCUGGCUGAGUGGCUGUACCUGCCUCAGUGGAUCCAGACUCUGGGGACUGUGCUGCUGGCUGCAGGCCGCCUGCUGGCUCUAUCAGUGGAGAUGUGGUGUAUAUGGACACACAUUGAAUACCUCGCCAGUGAUGAGGAGCCAGAAGAGAAAAACAACUGAAAGCCACUUAGCAGGGUCAGUGUUCUGUAUACUGUGCUGUCUACUCUGGAAAAAUCCAGAAUAAUCCAUUCCAUCACCUUUAUAUGAACAAUGGCCUCAGGUCACAUUUGGUUCUCUCCUCACUCAGCCAUAGCUGUGGGUGAACGUGGUAAAAUGAGCUACAUUUUGACUUAUUGUUCUACUCUUGCAUAAAAAUGUGUAUUUAUUUCAGAUAUCGCUUACCAUAUCAGAUCCUUCUGGGGACAUUUAGACCCCAUUUACACCUACUAGUAGAAUGUGAUCUGUAUUUGCGCAUGUUAUCAACAUAAAGAAAAACGCAUGUUAAAGCUGCAGUAGGUCAUUUUCGUUGCCUUCAGGCCCGGUGGAAUGCACUUAUUGCAUCUGCCAAAUUUACAAGAGGAAACAAAUAAUAUGUCAUAGACAGUAUUUCAUAAAGUUUCCCCUAACUCAACAACUUACAAAACUCACGCAGGUUUCGCUCUGGAGCAGCGAGAUCCCAUCUCAAUGAGGAUAACAAGAAUGCAUUUAAAAUAUUAUGUGUAAGGCAAGAUCGGAUCAUUUAUCUUUGGGGUAACGUGUCAGAUCACAUUUUAAUGCCAGGGGUGUCGAGUAGCAUUUUGCACUUUAAUAGGAUUUGAAUUUCUUUGUUAAACCAGUGAACAUGGUUGAUUUGUGUGUGUGGCUGCUGAGAUACAAGAUGUGUCUCCUCUUUACUGAGAGACUAUAACAGACAGCGGGCAUUCAGAUGCACUUUAAAAGCCUCUUUGGUUUGUUGAGCUGUUAAAGGGAACAUUGAUAUUAUUUUUGUAAUUUAUAGGGAACACAAUCCUAAGAAAAGGCCAAAAUAAAUCUAUGCUGGCACUGUAUUAGGAAUGUGAGCGGGUCAGUCAGAAGUGUGAAAAUGUCUGCGCUAAACAACAGUCUCUAUUCGCUGUCAUUUGCUUUAUGAAAUGACACAGCAACCAAAGGGAGAGGCCUACUGUACGCCUGGAUCACACUGAUAUUGAACAGGUAUCCUGCAUAAAAGGCCUGUAGCUCCUAGGGAUUUUGUGUAAACUACUGUACAUUAGCAAUACAUGUAUAUAUAUAUUUUACACUUGCUGCAAAACCUAAAAAGAAUGUGCAGCUAAAUGUUUGACAUUGUGUUAGUGGCAACAGUGUAUUACUGGAAACCUCAUAAAUGUAGUUUACCGUAAUACUUCAAUUAUUUUAUUUUAGCUUUUUUUUAAAAAAAAUCUAAGUUCAUUAAGAAAAUAGACAUUCAAUACAUGAACUUUCAAAACAUAUAUAUAUAUAAAAUGUCAUUACCAAAUUUGCAUUUAUUAAAUAUCAUUUUUUUUAAUGAAAUUAAAAAGAAAAGCAAACACAAAUGCUAACUGCAACUGCUAAAAAACUGGACUAAACUUUAUGUCUAAAGUUUUUGCCAAUUUAUAAUUUUAAAAAACAAAUCAAUAGCCCUGGACUUUUAUUUGCCUCAGUCACUGAACUCAACCUGCCUUUAUAUCGGACCAGCUGGUAAUUCCUUUUGCACAGAACUUUGCUCAGCAAAGAUGGGAAAUAUUAAUUAAUUAAAUAUUGUUGUAAAAAAUAUCAUCAUCAUUUGAUACUUUGGUUAGCUCAGAGCUCGCUCAAUUGGGCGUAGGUAACUUUUAUAAAAAUUACUUUUUGUCAUAUUCACUGAAACUUUCACUAUAUCCUGACAGUAGUAUAUGAGACAGAUAACCUGUGAAACAAUCAGGUUCCUCUGGCUCCUCCUAGUGCUCCUAAUGGGAUUUACAAGAAUCCACUGGACCUGAACGAAAACAACCAAUCAGAGCGGAGAACGAUAGAAAGACACUUUGGGUUGGAAGCUUGAAGAUAGUUGACUGUUGAGUCUUUUCCCAGGAAUGAGACUCAACAAUCACCCAUCUUUCUUGAUGUAGUGAAAAAGUUUCAGCAAAAAGACAUAUUUUUAUAAAAACAACCUACUGCAGCUUUAAGACGUUUUAUACAUAUAAAGAAUGUAUAUAAAACCAGACCAGGCCUCUAAUUGAGAGCCAUACCAUGUAGCCAUACCAUGCUAGUAAAGGGGCCCUGCUUUUAACUGAAGUUUUAGUGGGUUGGGAAAAAGCAGUAAAAUGUCAAUAAAUACAAAGAUACUGCGUUGCUACCAAACACAAUGCUGUGUAUCAGGGAUUUUAGUUGUGGUGUUAAAUUAGAUUAUACUUAUAUUUUUAUAUGUAAUGUCUAAUUGAUGGAAAUACUUUUAAAAAUGACCUUAAUGGAUUUGCUUACAUAAACUUUGCCUUUAAGAGAUAUUUUUAUAUUUACUGAUGUGUUAAAAAAGGCUAAGCUGCAGCUUUAUUUGUUUGUGCUUGUACACCAACAGUUUAAAUAGCUUUACACAAUAAAGUAAUGGAAUGAAAAAUGAA